UCUUGCUUGGGUCCCAUUGCACGCACAUCCCAAGGCGGCAGACAAGCAGAGCACAGUGUCCGAGCGUCCCGGUUUCAAAUUGGGCUCCAUUUACUCCAAAGCCUGCAGCAAGCAGACAAACACAGAGAGUGAGAGAGAGAGAGAGACUGGUUCCUCCAUGGCGCUCCUCCGUUCUUUGGGCUGCUUCCUCUUCCUCCUCUGCUCAUCGCUCGGGGCGGCGAAUGGGAUGUAUGGUAGAGCUGGCGGGGAGGGGGAGGCGAGCAGGGGAGUCACCGACGGCGCCCGCGGCAGCAGGAACGCGUGGCCGGGGUACCUCUACACCAGAGCAGUUGGGCGAUGCACACCCCAGUUCUGGAGCAGCGGAGCUGAGCCAUGGCCCAACAUCGUCCCUCAGGAAGCAGCAGUGUGGAAGGUGUUCGGCUCAAGGUCCAUCGACAAGUACGGUCCGCGCCUUACCCUACUGGACGCCACGACGAGGACCGACGACGUCGGUGGCGGCCGCCCCUUCGUCAAGCUAGUGAAGCACGGAAGCGCCGCUCUCCUCAACGCCUACACGAGGAGGGGCUUUCCUUUCGAUUCCUGGGAGGUGAAGGCGCUCCUGCUGGAGGCACUCGUCUCCGAGGACGCCGCGGCUGCCCAGGCCGAGCGGUUCGAGCUGGCCAACGAGUCCUGCGUGUGAGAUCGAGCUGCUGAAACAGCUGCGUCAAUUCCUGCCUGAAAAAUCGUAGUAUUGUGUGUGUAAGUCGUGCAGUAGUCAGUAGUCACCACUUCUGUGACUACUGAAACGUCACUUGCAGUGAUGUGUGUAUCUGUGUGUGCCUUCAUACUGUGACUCAGAUGAAAAAGGUUUUACGUUGCCGUAUCGUAUUUCUACGCGAGUAUUGUUUUUCUCAA